AUGCAAAUUUUCGUUCGAGGAUGUCUUGGUUAUGGUGGUAAUGCUUAUACUAUAGAAGUUGAAUCUUCAGAUAGUAUUGCACAAGUGAAAGAAAAAAUUUCUAAUAAGACAGGUGUGCCUUGUGCACAUCAAAGAUUAAUUUUCGCUGGAAAACAACUUACAGAUGAAAGAACAUUAUCGGAUUAUAAUAUUCAAAAAGAGUCAACUCUUCACUUGGCUUGUAGACUUCGUGGAUGUAAGUUAUCAUUUUGA